CUUUGAGGAUGAAAGCAUGAAACUACGACAGCUGAAACUAGACAAUCAGAGAGCUCUUCUAGAGAAGAAGCAGAGGAAGAAACGUCUUGAUCCCUUGAUGGUGCAACCAAAUCCUGAGGCAAAGCUGCGUAGGUCAAAGCCCAAAGGGUGUGAGGAGCAGACUCCUUUAGUAGAAACUCCUACCCCAUUACACAGUGAUGUUAUGUUACAUGGCAUUGAUGGACCAGCUGCUUUCCUGAAAUCAGAAGUGCAAGAUUUGGGGACCAGGCUCCAAACUCUCUCUGCUGGGUCUUCCAAAGCAGAAGACAAUGCAGAUCAGGAAAAUGAUGGAGAGGCUCUAACAGACACAGCAGGCAAGCCAGAUUUGCAAGAAAUCUUACAGAAACGAGGUAUUUCGGGCAGUUUGAAUUUUGAUGAGGAGGACACAGAAGAGGAAGAAGCUAGUAAGAGACCAGCAUCUCAUUCACCGUAUCCUGAAUCUGAGAGGCCUAGUUCUGCAACCAGCAAGAAAUCUUUUACAGAAACAGGUGCUUCCUGUAGUCCAUCCCCUCAGGCAGAUGCACAGCUGGGAGAAGUAGAGAACUUGGAGGAUUUUGCAUUACGCCCUGCACCCCGUGGUAUUACAGUCAAGUGUCGAAUCACUAGAGAUAAGAAGGGGAUGGACCGGGGCCUCUUUCCUACUUAUUACAUGCAUCUGGAAAGGGAUGACAACAGAAAGACAUUCCUUCUGGCAGGGAGAAAACGAAAAAAGAGCAAAACAUCCAAUUACCUCAUAUCAGUUGACCCAACUGAUUUAUCCCGGGAAGGGGAAAGUUUCAUUGGAAAACUCAGGUCAAACCUCAUGGGAACUAAAUUUACAGUCUAUGACAAUGGAGUUAGCCCAGUCAAGGCACAAGGUGUAGUGGAAAAGGCUCAUACAAGACAGGAGCUUGCAGCUAUUUGUUAUGAAACCAAUGUGUUAGGAUUCAAGGGUCCCAGAAAAAUGUCUGUGAUCAUUCCAGGAAUGAAUAUGAAUCACAAGCGAAUGCCAAUCUGUCCACGAAAUGAACAUGAGAGUCUGCUGUCAAAAUGGCAAAACAAAAAUUUAGAGAACCUCAUUGAGUUGCACAACAAGGCUCCAGUCUGGAAUGAUGAUACUCAAUCCUAUGUUUUGAACUUCCAUGGGAGAGUCACUCAGGCCUCGGUGAAGAACUUCCAGAUUGUCCAUGACAAUGACCCUGACUACAUUGUGAUGCAGUUUGGUCGUGUAGCAGAAGAUGUGUUUACUCUGGACUAUAAUUAUCCUCUCUGUGCUCUUCAGGCCUUUGCUAUUGGACUCUCCAGCUUUGAUAGUAAAUUGGCCUGUGAAUGAGAGACAACAGACUUGACACAUGGAACUCGCUCCCAUCCCUGCACCUUGUUGUAAGAGUUCCAGGUGGAGUAAUGAAAAGCACAUUGGGGAUGGAAGGGAACUGGAGGACAGACUUCUGCAGGUUUAUUAGAAAGCAAAUACCAGGCCUCAGAGCAUUAUGGUAGUUGACAGUAGAUCAUCUUGGGAGACUGUCCCGAGACUGAUCGGUCUCUGUAUGCAUUGUGGAAGAACAAGAAAUAUGGGAUGGGUGAUGUUGUCGGUGUUGAUUUUGCUUUCAGAAUCGAUGUAACAGAUACUGCAUGAGAACGGGGUAAGGAAUUUAGCCCACUAAUUGGAACCCCUUGCAGCUAGGAUUAGAAAAAUAAUCGUUUGGUGUUCAUGUACCUUGGAACUUCCACAGUGC